UUGGAGGUAGUAAAAACAUUUUAAGAAACUUGUAUUCAAGAAGUGUCAUUGAAUGGGAGACAAGGAAGUAGUUUGAAGCCAGAUUCAUAGAACAAGGUUAAGGUUGUUCUGCAAACUUCUCAUGACUUUAUAGUCACACAAAAGAAGAUGAAGAACCAUUAUGAUUAUUUAAAAGAAAAAUAUCAAGCUUGGUUGCCAAUAACUAAAAAGACCGGUAAUAUUUAUGAUCCAGCAACCAAUACCAUUCGAAUGUCUAACGAGGAGUGGGAUGAGUACAUAAAGGCUCAUCCAAAAGCCAAGGCAUUGAGGAGUGCACCUCUACCCUUUCCGGAACUUUGUACAACAUUAUUUGAGGGUUCUACUGCAACAGGCAUUCAUGGUUGGAGUCCAAGUUGUACAACUCCGCGGCCCGGUGCCUCUUCUGUAGCUACUAAUAUAGACAUAGAUUCACUUGAUGACAUUGAGGAUCUACUUGGUGACAAAAAUGAUGGAGCUUCUAAAGAUUUUCCAUCUCAAUCUUCAAUUCCAAUUGAAAAAAAGAAUCUGGGAAAGAAAAGAAAAAACGCAUCGUCCCGAUUAGAAAUUGAUGAGAAGAUGAGUGCUGCAUUGGAGUUACUAAUUAACAAAAACAACGGGCCUGAUGUUGAAGAAUGUAUAGAAAAACUAGACAAGCUUGGAUGGGAAGAGCCAUUGUACUAUGAAGCUCUUAGUAUGUUUUGUGAAGGUGAUAGCUACACAAACUGA